AUGUCUACUAUGGAUACGGGAAAAGGUUUGAAUGUCCCAGAGGGAGAGGACCUCUGUCUGUUGUCCUAGUCUUCAGCCAGUAUUAUGAAAUAGGCUGAUAGAAAGAUCUGGUGCUUUCAUGAAAAUCUCCAUUAUGAGGACGAGAAGAGAGAGGAAAGAGGCAUUGAAUUUCUCCAAAUUAACUGUGGCCAAUUCAGUUGUAAAAAGUAUCACCCCUUCUAUGACUGUGUCUUUCAAUAUUUGGUAGUGGAUUCUCUGAUCAAGGGUAUGGUGAAUAAGACACUGAAGGUGAUUAGAGAAGAUGGCUUUUAUCUCUCAGAACCUGUUUUUGCUCCAGUACCAGGAACCAGUGAAGAAGAAGAAGUUAUUAUAUUUUCAGUAUGUAUUUUCUUAUAAAAAAAUGAAAGCACUUUUCUCCUAAUCUUGAAUGCCAAGAACUUUGAAGAUCUGCAUUGAGCAGAGAUGCCUGUGCAAAUGCCUUGUGGAUUCCAAGGGGGUACCUUCACACGCAUCUAA